AUGAAUGAACAGAAAGAGGGCUCGUACGGCGAAGGCGACGCUCCGUCCGAUAGCCUGGACGACGCCGUCGCACACGAUGCCGUCUUCGGGGACAUUACAUCAGAAGGGCCCAACUACCGUAGCGUCGGGUGGUUGGGCACGUCGGUCCUGAUGAUGAAGACCCAAAUCGGCCUGGGCGUCCUGUCCAUCCCCUCCAUCUUCGACACGCUCGGGAUGGUACCGGGCGUCGUCCUCCUCUGUGUGAUAGGUGGCAUCACGACCUGGUCCGACUUCAUGGUCGGCACCUUUAAGCUCCGACACCCCGAAGUGUACGGCAUCGAUGACGCAGGAGAGCUGAUGUUUGGAUGGGUCGGGCGUGAGGUCCUCGGUGCUGCAUUCUGCUUGCUCUUCACCUUCACCUCCGGUUCGGCCAUGUUGAGCAUCUCCAUUGCCCUGAACGCGCUCUCCACGCACGCGACGUGUACGGCUGUCUUCGUGGUCGUCGCCGCCGUCAUCGGCUUCGGUCUCUCCAGUCUGCGGACGCUGGGACGCAUCAGCGGGCUGGCUUGGGUUGGUGUCACGAGCAUCGUCGUCGCUGUGCUUACCGUAACCAUCGCCGUGAGUCUCCAAGACCGUCCCGCCGCCGCGCCGCAAGACGCCGUCUGGAAGUCCGACUUCAAGAUUGUCAACACGCCGACCUUCACCCAGGCCAUCGGCGCCAUCUCGUCCCUCGUCUUCUCGUACGCCGGCACCCCGGCCUUCUUCUCCAUCGCUGCCGAGAUGCGCGAUCCCCGCCAUUACUCCCGAGCGCUCGUGCUCUGCCAGUCGGUCGUCACCGUUGUGUACGUGGCCGUCGGCGUGGUCGUGUACUACUACUGCGGAUCCUACGUGUCGUCGCCCGCGCUCGGCUCUGCCGGCCCUGCCGUCAAGAAGGUCGCUUACGGCCUCGCGCUUCCUGGACUGAUUGUCUCGGCGGCCGUGAUGCUUCACUUAGCUAGCAAGCACAUCUUUGUCCGCGUCCUGAGGGGUUCCAAGCACCUGGCGGCGAACACGGUCGUACACUGGUCGACGUGGCUUGGCUGCACCUUCACCAUCACCUUGGUUGCGUAUCUCAUCGCCAGCGGCAUCCCUGUUUUCAACAGCUUGAUCUCUUUGAUUGGUGCCCUUCUCGGCACAAUGAUCUCCUUCCAGCCAAUGGGCUGCAUGUGGCUCUACGACAACUGGGGCAAAGGCAGGCAGGCCCCGACGCUGAGGUGGUAUCUCAUGGUUGCUUGGAGUUGUUUCGUCGUUGCAUCCGGAACGUUUCUGACCAUCGCGGGAACAUACAGCGCCAUUGUCGGCAUUAUUGACGAUUACAGUCGAUCCGGGGGUUCAGCAGCGUGGUCUUGUGCCGACAACUCAAAUUCCGUAUGA